CACGUGGGCACACGCAUGCAUGUGUAUGGAUUUACUGCUGGGAGCUGUCAGACAAGGCCCUGCAGCCCACCCUUGGAGACUCUUCCUGAAGCUGAAGAUGAAAGAGGGUCUGCAUUCAGGCAGUCCUCUGGGUUUUGCAGAGGACCUCUAACAUUGUAUAACUCCUUGCAUCCUCUGGACCCACUGAAGUCUAUGAUGAACCCAGAGAACCCUCCACCAUAUCCAGGCCCAGGCCCAACAGCCCCAUACCCACCUUAUCCACAACCAGCAAUGGGGCCUACAGGGGGGCCCUACCCACCUCCUCAGGGGUACCCCUACCAAGGAUACCCACAGUAUGGCUGGCAAGGUGGACCUCAAGAGCCUCCUAAGACCACAGUGUACGUAGUGGAACGGGAAAGGAAGACGGAGCCGAACAGCGGGUGUGAGGCAGUCCUGGCCGCAUGCUGGGCGGCGCUGUGCUGCUGUUGCCUCCUGGACAGCUUGGACUGAGCAGCCAAGAAGCAGUGUAUGUGGUAGAAGACCAAAGAAGAGACGACCUGGGCCCAUCCACCUGCCUCACGGCCUGCUGGACUGCUCUCUGUUGCUG